AAUAAACAAUUCAAAACAAAUUUAAACUGUCAGAUAAAUAUUUCGUUAAUCUAUGGAUUAAUUCAUUCAUGAUCAUGAUUCAUUAUAAUAGUAAUCUGUGGUACUACUAUCGGUAAUUACUUUUGGAGGGUAUCCGAAAUCAUUAUUUGUUUUCAUUUAAACUUUUAAUCAGUCAGGAAUAAAUUAAUACAGCUUCCAUAUUCAACGUUUUGUUGCCUACCAUGUCUUCUCUGCACAGAGAAAUAUAUUCAGACUUGAAGGAUUUUAUUCAAACAAUAGAAAAUCCACAAGCCCUAGAAGAAUUGAAAAAAAAAUAUGAAAGUGAUAUAAAGUCUAAUAGAACAUACGAUCGAAUUAAAUCAUUUUCUGAUCUUGUAAGGGUUCUAGAAAAGAGAAACGUUCUUAAUGAAAACAACAUAGAUAAAUUGAGAAAUAUUGGAGAAUUUUUGAAUUAUCCACAUCUUCACAAAAGAAGUGUAACAGUUCCUAUUUCUGGUAUUACCCCAAUUACUCAUAGUAGUAAUAGGUACUCAAGAUCUUCAAGAAUUGAAUGUGAUGAAAGAGUGAAAAACAAAGUUUAUGAAACCAUUGCAUCCAAAUUAGGAAGGAACUGGCAACAGUUUGGACGAUACCUUCGAGUACCUGAAAGCCAAAUUGAUGACUUAGCGUACCAACCAAUCAAAGAUAGUGUAUACCAUAUUCUGAAUUUUCACGAAGAAAAUUGUGAUCCAAGAACUUGGAAAACAGAAUUACUGGGCGCGUUAGCUGAAUGUCGAAGGAAAGAUCUUCAGGAAGACGUCCAAUUUUUUUUUGAUAGGUAUCUAGCUAGGUAGCUAAUUUUUAUAUUUUAGCCAAUAUUAUGAUUUAUAAAAUUUUACUUACAUCAAUGAUCCUGGAAUAAUAUUUUGAUUUAUUAUUUCCAAUAAUUUUUUGUCCAUGGCCUUGUUUAUUGAAUCAUGAAUUAAGUUAAAAGUUAAAUAAGAUUUCAAUAUGUGGUUGAUCACAAUACACAGUGAAUACAUGAGAUAUACCUUCACUUGCGCCAAUUAUUCACAAUUCAAAUUAAAUUCUUAUGUAUUUUAGGAGUUACCGUUAAUUUCUAAAGAUGAUAAUUUUGUUGUCAAAAUGGCCAUAAACAUAAAAAGUGUUUGUAGGCAAGAGUGUGAUUGCUUCAAUCUUAAAUAUGAUUCGAGUCCAUUUUAAUUUUGAAAUAUUUCUUAUUGCCACUUUGAAAUAUAUUUCAUAAAGUUGGCUAUUUACUCUGGGAUAUAACGUCCAGGAAUAAAUAUAACAUUCAAGAUCAGUCUUUUUAAUGGGAGAUAUUAUAUCCUGAAAAUGCAUUAAAUUUCGAGAUUUUAUUCAAAUUUUUCUUAAUAUUGUUGAAGAGUUGAAGGAAUGGCAUUUUAUGAUCAUAUUGCUCUUACAGACAUAUCACAAGAGUUGACAUUUUUUUUGCAAUGAAUUCUCAUUUUAACACAUAUUUUUAAAUUGGAGAAAAAUUUAUUUUUAUUGGUUGAACAUGUAAAUUUAUUUCAAAUUUUUUAUAUUUGUGAUAUUCAAAAUAAAAAAGUUUUAUGAAUCAUACUAUCAUGUGUGAAAUAUAUAUUUAGAGUUAUUCUAUUAAAAAUUGAAAUUUUACGGUUGACGAAAAGCUGAGCAAUAAAAAGUUACUCUAAACAAAGUCAACCUUAAUUUUGUUAUUUAUUUUUAUAAUAUAUGAAAUUUUUUCUUACAUUCAUUAUAAAAUAAAAAAAAAAUAUAUAAUAUAAAUCAA